AGUAGUUAGGAUUUAAUGACGUCGGAGUUUGUAAGUGCUGAAUUAGGAAGUACCGGAGCUACAUAAUUAGGUCGACCGGAAAUGAGGGGCCGGCCGGAGUUACACAUAUACGGCCGGUGGAACUCAGUAUGGCUUUGCACGUAUUCCAUAUCAAGACUCUUUGUAGCAGUACCUCCAACGGUCCCGGCGGCCACCAUAAUAUCCCGUCGGGCUGUCUCUUUUGCCGGUUCGAAGGGUACGCGCAUCCGUGUAAGCUGUGAUGAUAUCAAGCAGAUUCCGAUUAUAUAAAAGGUCUCUAAUGAGGACUCUAUGCCCUUCAUUUCGAGCAUCGAUGCAACCAAUAUUGUGACUUGGACAUUCCAAAUCAUCGGCUUACAGGUAUUCUUACACAAUUACAGCAUACUUCUUUAAGAUGGCCCCUAUUAACAAAGCCGCUAUACUCAGUGAGCCCAAGGCUCAUCCCCUCAAGGUCGAAUCCACACCAUACCCAACUGCUGGGGAUGGAGAGAUCAUCGUUAAAGUGGCCGCUACUGCUAUCAACCCUAUGGAUUGGUACAUCCAGAUUAUGGGAGAGCAACUAUUCUCUUGGCUUCAAUAUCCCUACAUUGGAGGGAGUGACGUCGCUGGAACAGUAGUCGAAGUCGGCCCGAACGUCAGCAAGUUCAAGGUCGGCGAUCGCGUUCUUGGUUUUGCAGCCGGUUUCGAUGCUCGAUCCGGCGGCUUCCAGAAUUACGUCGCCCUCGAAGCAAACAUUGCAGCCCCUAUCCCGGCUGACUUGGACUUCGCCGAUGCUUCCGUGCUUCCCCUAGGGCUGUCUACAGCGGCAUGUGGCCUUUACCAGAAGGACUUUCUCGCACUAGACUACCCAAGCAUUAACCCGAAACCAAACGGCAAAACAUUACUGAUCUGGGCCGGUGCCUCAAGCGUUGGCACAAACGCCAUCCAACUCGCCGUGGCUUCUGGUUAUGAGGUGUACACAACUUCGUCACCUAAGAACUUCGAUUACUGCAAAGGGCUUGGUGCUGCACGUGUCUUCGAUUACAACAGCCCGACCGGCACACAGGAUUUGGUUGAAGCAUUCAAAGGCAAGACGAGCGCGGGUGCAUUUGCCAUACAAUUCGGCUCAGAGAAAAUUGUAUUCGAAGUAAUCAGCAGGGUUCGGGGUGCCAAGUUCGUAGCUUGUGCUAUGGAGCCCACUAAUGUCCCCGAGGGAGUUCAGGCCAAGAUGGUCUUCGCCAGCACACUCAAGGAGAACGAGGUCGCAUCUAUCAUCUACGACCAGUACCUCCCGGUCGCUUUAGUUCAGAAGAAGUUUCGGUGCCUACCUAAGCCGUUGGUAUUUGGCCAUGGUCUGGAAAAUAUUCAGGCUGCGAUUGAUCUGGGGAAGUCCGGUAGCGUCUCGGCCAAGAAGAUAGUUAUCACAUUAUGAGGGCAAGAAUAUGCAAGCUAUUGGAGGAAGAAUCGACUUAUGAAGCGAGAUAUGACAGAUAAGAGGCUUUGCUUACAUAGCAGUGGUCAUCGUAUAGAGCUGACAGUAUAAUAUAUGCAUUUAUUUCA